UCCCCCCCCAAAACAGCGGUGUCGGUGGUCUUCUCCUUUCUGCCAACGGAUUCCGAGGUUUUUGAUCGAAUAAAACGGCCGAUUCAUCGCAUUUCGAGCUCUCCCAUCUGCUGAGGGUUCUUCCAUUGUCUUUUCUGUGAUUUUAGCCAUUCUUUGUGGUCUUUUAUCGGCAGAAUGAGCAGCACACCGAGAUGUGCCGCGGUGGUGGUGGGAGCCGGUCCAGCAGGCCUCGCGGUAAUCGGGAACCUCCUGGAGAAGCAGAUUGGCGGCAAUAUUGCCUGGAUCGACCCCUGCUUUCAGGCAGGACGCAUCAAUAAGAAAUAUCGUGAGGUGCCUAGCAACACGAAAGUCUCUCUAUUCCAGGCGUAUGCCAAAGCUGUGCAGCCUUUCCGCACUGUGCUCGAUACGACUCCCAAGCCUAAUGCCUUCACGACGAUGACCAAACUGGAUCCGGACCAGGGGUGUCCUCUGCAUUAUGCAGCCGACCUGUGCAAAAUGCUCACUGAGGGAAUCACGAAACGUGAUGAUGUUUAUGCCUGCUGCGGCGUCGUUACCAAAGCUGAUCUGGCGGAGAAUCAGUCUCAGUGGACCGUCCAUAUCAAGAGCUACGAGACUCUCUCGGAGGUCCGGGUAAUUGCUCCGCGUCUGGUCCUCUGCACCGGUUCUUCACCAACGUUUCUCCCCAUCCCUGUGCCGGGGCUCUCUAUCCAGAAGCUGGAUCUGGACGUGGUUUUGAAGCCCAGUGAACUGAUCGGAGCUAUCCCCGCGGACUCGCCGCAAACGGUAGCUGUCAUCGGUGCUUCUCAUAGUGCCAUUCUGGCGCUCAUGAAUCUAGUCAAACUGGCUCGCUCGUCUCACCCGAAGCUGCGUAUCAAGUGGUUUACGCGGCACGGGCUGCGGUAUGCGGAGUACAAGGACGGCUGGAUCCUGAGAGACAACACGGGUCUCAAGGGUGUUGCAGCGACUUUCGCGAAAGAGCAGCUAGAAGAUAACCGACUGCCCCAGUCGGAGGCCGGCCGCUUUGUUGAGAAAGUCGAUUGCAGCGGAGGCAAGGAGACAGCGGAGUACCAAGCCAAGCUGCCGUCUUGCACGCAUAUCGUCCAGGCCGUUGGCUUUACUCGCGACCCUCUGCCCGCGUUGUCGCGGGAUGGGAAACCGCUGGAGCCGCAGUUUGACCACCAGACGGGUGGCUUCUCCGAUCAGGACGGCCAAGUGAUCAAGGGCCUCUAUGGUGCUGGUAUCGCCUUCCCUGAGCGUGUGGUUGAUCCGUACAAGAACGUGGAGCUGAACGUGGGCUUGUGGAAGUUCAUGAACUUCAUCAAACGGGUUUCCCCGAGCUGGGUUGCCGCGUAGAUGAUAGUUUUCUUGUUCUUUACUCUUGGCGUUGAUACCUCUGCUCUACUGUAAUUCCCUGUUGAUGCACAA